AAAGAAUCAUAAACGAAAGGAACUACCGAUUCCCUCUUCUAGCUACUUCAGAUGCUCGUGGAUUUUUCCCACCUUUGAUUGCUCCACUUAACUCCAAUUGGGAAUAUUGGUUUUUGUUGUUGAGCCAAUUCCUCAACAACCCAGGUAGGAUUUUUGAGUAGGUUUUGUGUGGGAUGAUCAUAUAUCAUGUUCAUUUCUUGAUUUUGCAUAAUUGGGUUCACGAGCAUUAGCUCGUUUAUUGAACUGAAUAAUAAUUCUCAAAAUGAGGCCCCGUUUGGCAGAUAUAGAUUUCGGUGAAGGGAUUUGACAGUGUUAUCAAUGAGAACAGCCCAAACUUUAAUUUGACACAUGGAUUUUUGGUCAUUGAGUUUGAGAGCUUUGUCACAAGAGAUCAAAAUAUCUGUUUACUAGGAGUUGUUUGAAAAUGGAAGAGAUACAAAGAUCUUGAGAAAGUACAUCUGAUUCUCUUCCACCUCUAAUCCUCUAGUUUCAUGAGUAUAACUAACCUCUUAUAUUUGUGUUUGAAAUAGAUAUUGAAUCCCUUUGUUUGAGAUCCACAUCUAUCCUUAACGGACCCUUUCAGAUUGAUUACGGACUUUCUAAUUACAUGCGCCAUUUGGAUUUUUUGUUGCAUUCUUGCUGAGUUCUAUUCGUGUUUAUAUUUUAGUUACCUCUGGUUACUGAGACUUAUGGAAUGAGAUUUUGUAAAGGUAAAAUGUGUUCUGUUGGCUUGCAGCUUAGAAUGGCUUCUAUGGUUGCAAAGGCAAGUGGCAGUAUUUCCAAUCAAGUAUUGUCUGCUUUGCUGGUUCAAGAGAAAGGAAGUAGGAAUAAGAGAAAAUUCCGAGCCGAUCCUCCUCUUGGUGAUACAACUAAAAUCUCUUUGCCUCAGAACGAGUGUUCAAGUUACAAAUUCUCAUCUGAGAAAUUUGAAAUCACCCCACUUAAUGGACAUCCCAAUGGUUGUGACAUGUGUAGCAUGAGCCAAGACCAUUCAGAUGCUUUGAAACUUGACCUUGCAUUAUCUACGGCAGCAGAGCCAUCCGAGGUGGUUCCCAUCCGGUAUAGAGAGGAAGUAGAAGCAGCAGAUGAGGUCCAUGAUGCCGAUUGGAGUGAUCUCACAGAAUCUCAGCUUGAGGAACUUGUUUUGAGCAACUUGGACACAAUUUUCAAGAGUGCUAUGAAAAAAGUUGUUGCCAACGGUUAUAGUGAACAAGUUGUGACCAAGGCUGUUUUGAGGUCUGGCGUCUGUUAUGGGAGUAAAGACACCGUCUCCAACAUAGUGGACAAUACUUUGGCAUUUCUUAGUAAUGGCCUGACAUGUCUUAGAAAUGGCCAAGAGAUUGAUUUGUCAAGGGAGCACUACUUUGAGGAUUUACAGCAGAUGGAGAAGUAUAUAUUGGCAGAAUUGGUUUGUGUUCUCCGGGAGGUUAGGCCUUUCUUCAGCACUGGGGAUGCAAUGUGGUGUUUGUUGAUAUGUGACAUGAAUGUUUCACAUGCUUGUGCAAUGGACGGUGAUCCAUUGAGUACUUUAUCUGGCGACGGAGGUCCCAAUGGGAAUAACUCUUUGAAUUUAGAGAUCAGAAGUUCUGAACUCGAUCUUCCUAUCCCUUGUAAACCAAAUUCUUCAAUCGCAUGUGCUCAUACUUGUCAAUGCGAGGCUUCAAUCCCUUUUGCUCACUGUUCCCAGUCUGAGACACCCACUAUCUCUGGUGUUCCAAACUUUGUAAAAGCAAAAUGUUCAAGUAGUCAGAAUGGACUUGUCCAAGAGAAAGAGAGUCCAAUGCACUCUGAUGAAAAAUUUGGGGGUAGUAGAAAGAUUUCUGGUAUUAGCAAGAGAGAAUACAUACUCAGACAGAAGUCGCUUCAUCUUGAGAAAUGCUACCGCACGUAUAGUUCUAAAGGGUCUUCCAGAUUUGGGAAACUCAGUGGAUUUGGUGGUUUAAUAUUGGACAAGAAACUAAAGUCAGUUUCAGAUUCUAUUGGUGCUAAUGUGAAAAAGGCCUCCUUGAAGAUAAGCAAGGCAACACUUCAAACCAACGGAAACCAUAAUUUAUCCACAAAUAGGGGAGUUCCUUCUUCUACGGCAUUUAACUCGGAAACAGUGAAAACUAGGGGCCCGUCUACAUUUCCUACAGUUAGUAUCCCACUGGCUUUAUCAGCUGCUGAUACUGAGCUUUCACUUUCACUUCCAACACAAAGCAGCAAUGUUGAGGUUCCUAAUUGUAGUUAUUCUGGGAUACCGUACGAUAAGUCCACAGGGAAGUGGGUCCCACAGGACAAGAAAGAUGAAGUGAUAUUGAAGUUGCUUCCGAAAGUACGCGAACUGCAAAAUCAGAUCCAAGAGUGGACAGAGUGGGCCAACCAGAAGGUUAGUCAAGCUACUCGAAGGCUAAGCAAAGACAAAGUGGAGAUUAAGUCACUAAGGCAAGAGAGAGAAGAGGUGGAGCGGAUUAAGAGAGAGAAACUAACGUUGGAGGAAAACACGAUGAAGAAGCUUUCUGAGAUGGAGAAUGCCCUGGGGAAAGCCAGUGGGCAGGUGGAGAGAGCAAAUGGUACUGUUAGGAGACUUGAGGUGGAGAAUGCUAAGUUAAGGCUAGAGAUGGAGGGUGCUAAAUUGCAUGCUGCUGAGUCAGCUGCCAGUUGUCAGGAGGCAUCUAAGAAGGAGAAGAAGACACUUAUGAAGUUUCAAUCGUGGGAGAAGCAGAAGGCCUUGUUCCAGGAAAAACUUGUUGCAGAGAAGCGGAAGCUGGCUCAGCUGCUGUUGGAGCAGGAACAAGCUAAAGAUUUAAGGGAGCAACUUGAGGCUAGAUGGAAACAAGAAGAAAAGGCAACGGAAGAACUUCUUAAUCAAGUCAGUUUGAUAAGAAAAGAAAGGGAACUACACGAAGCUUCAGCAAAAUUGAAAGAGAACACAACCAAACUGAAAGCAGAAACCAAUCUGCAAAAAUACAAAGAUGAUAUUAAAAAGCUCGAGAUAGAAAUCUCCCAAUUGAGAUUGAAAACAGACUCCUCAAAAAUCGCGGCUCUAAAAAGAGGCAUCGACGGAAGUUAUACUAACAGACUGGCGGACGUUACAAAUUUUCCCAAAGAGUCCCAAGUGUUGUAUAUCAAUGGAACUGUGGCGAAAUUCCAGGAAUAUUCCGGAACGGGCGGUGUGAAACGUGAAAGGGAGUGUGUGAUGUGUUUAUCAGAGGAGAUGUCCGUGGUUUUCCUCCCCUGUGCUCAUCAGGUGGUCUGCACUACAUGCAAUGAGCUCCAUGAGAAGCAAGGGAUGAAGGAAUGCCCUUCUUGUAGGGGCGCCAUCCUGCGGCGUAUUUCUGUAUGUUUUGCUCGCUCUUAGUUUAUUUCUUGAUUUGAGUCUACUGUGCUAAAUAAUAAGUUGUGGGUUUCAUUUGGAGAUGAAUAAUGCGUGUCCUUUUACCCCUUCUGAUAGUUUUCCCUGGUUGUCUACCAUGGUUCUCCAUCUUUCAUAAAUAAUAAAGACAAGCUUUAGUGAUC